AUGGGCUAUAUCGCAAGUAUGUACGAUUGGAACUCGUGCAACCCGCGUAUGCCUAUUUCUCUUGCUCAACUUAUUACAGAGGCCGUUCAUCCACAUUCUUCGAUUCAAUCUAUCAACACAGGCCCGGCCCACCUCACCGUUUUUGCCAAAUCUUACUAA